UUGGAUUUAAAUCAGUUACACAUGUUUUAUUUUACCAUUAAAUUGAUUCAACAAUUAAAUUAUCACAAUUAUUGGUUAAUUGUUUCACUUUAAUUGCUGCUUGGACUCCUAAACCUGAUCUAAUAAUCCAACCAGAAUCUUAUCGUAAUCAUCGCCUUGGCAACAUUACUUAAUGAUCAUCAAUUCAACCUUCAUUUUAGUUUAUUUUUAAUUAAUUGACUUUUUUUCUUGUUUUCUUUAACUUCUGUUUGUUAUUUAGAAUUAAUUAAUUCCAACAUGUUCCACACUCUGAGCCGAUCAAUACGACAUUUCAAUAAAUCAACAUUGAGGCAAACAACUAUGAAAUUAUCCAAUGUUAUUAAUUCAUCAGUUUCUUGUUUAUCAACUGAUGCUACAAAUUCAGAUGACAUAAAAGACCAAUCAAAACCAGAUAUUAAGGUGACAUUCAUCAAAGCCGGUGGUCAGAAAUUAGUUGCUUAUGGGAGGAAAAAUGAAAAUUUAUUGGACGUUGUGAUAAACAAUCAUUUGGAUAUUGAUGGUUUUGGUGCUUGUGAAGGAACCUUAGCUUGUUCAACGUGCCAUCUAAUAUUUACUAAAGAGCAUUUUGAUUUGCUUGAUAGUAAAGCGACUGAUGAAGAGUUGGACAUGUUGGAUUUAGCUUAUGGCUUGACCAAUACAUCUCGAUUAGGAUGCCAAGUGUAUUUAAAAAAAGAACUCGAUGGAUUAGAAGUAGUUGUACCGGAGACUGUAAAUGAUGCAAGAACUUCUUGAUCAUUGUAACUUCUAAAUAGUUAAGAUUAAGACAAAUUAGUUUGUUCAAAUUAAUAAUAAACAAUUACAGUUAUAAUUUUUCUUAAUUCACCAAACGAUAAA